CAGGGUGGGGUGUAAACAAAGUUGAAACUUGCUGGGAAUGGUGAAUUGAUUGGUUAAAGAACUUUUGGAUUAAAGUGCGAAACUUUGGGGUUGGGACUUGGGGGGCGGUCGUCUUAAACCAAACCGACCAACCAGUGAAUCAAUAUUCAUAUUGGUGCUGCUGGUUGGGUGCAGCAGCACCAGCAUACUCAUUGGCAGCAUGAGGCCCCACACAAGAUCUCCACCAGACUUGCUUCGGGAAAACUCUGAUCAAACAGUGCCCAGCACAGAUCUAGAUAUGGCGGAGAUGCUGCGGCCGCCGUCGCGCGCGGCCUCGCAGGUAUCUCGGCAGACGGUCGAGUCACGCCGCAACAUGCCCAUGUACGGCUCCGCCUCGGCUAUCUCGAUCCGUUCGACGGUGGCUCGCUCACACGCCGGGUUCACGGCGCCUCAGGAGCAGUGGCGCCCGCCGGUACUGAGUGCCGCGUGCUGCACCACGGUGUCGCGCGCCUCCCACUACACGGCCCUCUACUCAAUUCUGCAGUCUUUGUUCACCGUCAUCACUGGUGUAUUUGACAUGUACACUUUGGCCGAGGCCGAACCAGGAAAGGAUCAUUUUGGCUACUACAUCAUCUCAUUCGAGUUUGUUUAUGCCGGCAACCCUCAUGUGAGGUGGUGUCUGAUGGUGUUAGCCCUGGGCAGCACCAUUUUGGGUGUCAUGCUUCUGGUGACCAGCGUCCUUCUACUCAAAGCGCUCCAGGAGGAGUACGAGCCCCGGAUACGGCCCUGGCUGCUCGCCAUGCUCUUCCACACAGUGUGGCGCUUCUUCGCCUUCAUAUUCGCUGCGUUCGUCAACGACAUGUACUUCUCGUACCACGGUUUGAUGUGCGCCGCCUGGGCCGCCAUGGUGCCGCUGAACGUCUACUGCUGGCUCAUCGUGUGGUCCAUGUUCAACGAGCUCACCGAGGUGUCACGACUAGAGGACAUCGCCUGCAUGAAGAUGGGCGGCACCCUGAACUCACUUCCGACAUCGAUGCUGAGCGGCGGCAACUCGCGGCGGUUCUCGCGCCGUCCGUCCUUGUACAGCACCACCACCGACCACCAUCGUCCGUCCGUCUCCGUCUACACCGACCAGCCGCGCCCCUCGGUGGCCAGCUGCUACCAGGACGAGCCCAUGUGACUCGGACCAUCGCAGACGUAACGCACAGACCACGUCGUAAUUUAUUUACCUUUGCUUCUCCCAUAUCCCGUCAGCGUGAUGAAUUUAGCUGAAUUUUUGCCAAUGCAAAUGCAGACCCAUUCAUUUUCUUCAUCGAGAGGAAACUUUUGGUCAUAUCCUUCUGGGUCAAGUUUCGGAGCUUUCGACUUACAAUAAGUGCAACAUGGCGAUCAUUAAUUUACGUUGGCUUCUGAUGGUUUCCCUGAGCAUCUCCAGCCGCGACAAAGGACAGCCGCGGAGCUGCACUCACAGUUCGCCGAAUCGGCGCACCAGCGGAGUAUAAAACGCGGUGAGUUGGCCGGCGAGUCAGUGAGUUCGCAUGCUGGAGACGCUAUGCCGUGAUUGCCGUGAGACAGGCCCUCCAGUGUGUGCGGAGCGGUGCAGCGCAGCUCGUAGUUGGUUUUGCUAUGCAGCUUAGUGUACUAGAUGACUUGCUUGAUGAGAAGCAGUACUUCUUCGUCCAGUAGUUUCAGCCCAGUUUCAGCGUGAGCUUUCGUCUAGUAGCUGUCGCCAGCGGUGUAUGAUUUUUGAAUGCACAAGCAUGUUUUACACCUGCCUUGCUGCAUAUGUUGAACAACGCAUCGUGUGAGAUGCUCAUGUAUAUCUGGCUUCGUGUUUGAGUGCACGAGUGUUUCAUUUUUACAUUCCACCAUGCAAUGUAUCACUAGUCCACGCCUAGGAAUGGAGGAUAUGCACAUCACGCAGCAGUUUUAGCCCACCAACGUGAGUAUUGUUUUCCAGGCUCAGGUCUGUCAGUACGAUUUGUCCUUGCGACCCGUUUCCCUUGUCCCAUGUCCAAAACUGUCAUGUUUAGCCAUUUUUCGGUAAAACGGGAAUUACCAGACAUAAAAAUUGGUCGUCUGUGAGCCGACACCAUUGCCACGUGUUUAUUUAGUUGUGAGAUUGACAUAAAGAUACCUUUUUUCGCAAUGAGAACGAAGUAAAUUGCCUGCACAACGAGUGCAUCAGCUGAGCUCUUACCGGCGUAAUGCUAAUGCAUAUCCUCCAUUUCCGUCCAUGUUCAUUGUUCACACUAGCUUAUUGGUUUGAAAUGCACGCAUGCGUUAGUUAAUUCGCUUGCAGAUGUUCCGUGUGAUAGUUUAGAGGCUAUUCGAAACUAUGGAGCUUUUUGGCAUUGUUUCUGUUGCUUGUAGCAUUAUGUAUAGCGUAGAUUGAUGUCAACGAGAUCUGUGCCUGAGAUCUGAGAUUUUGUAUGGGCAUCUGUGAACAGAGUUGUGAAUUGAAUACUGAGAACUGUGAAGUUGUAACUAGCGAGCUGCGACCACGUGUGGCCCGGUCAGCCGUGCCUCGGGGUGCUCAACCUGCAGUACCUCCCGCUACUGCAAGAAUAAACCGGAAGCCCGGCUGAACAACACUCUACGGAUGUGCAUUCGAAUCAACCAUUCGAUGGUGUUCAUUUAGUUUUGUGAACGCAUAGGGGUCACGUCGCAUCCAAAACAAUUUUUGAAGAAGUUGUAUGCGUGUUACUUCGUAAUGCAUCUAUAAUGGGCAAGGUCUGACAGAACAAAACUGCCAAAGAUGACUGUUUGCAUGGAGCUGGUACUGCGCGGUGACCGUCGGCUUAUGGCUGCAUAGGACAGUUAACAUUCCAGUUCUCAUGUUAGUUAUGUAAACGGCUAGCCGUUGUCUUCGACGUUUUUCCCCCGGCAUCAUUUUUGCAUUUGGCCGUUGAAAUGUGUCGUCUAAGGGUGCAGAAGUGUUUUUUCACACUUGACGAAUAAAAUGAACUUC